GCUCGAGGACAGGCAAGCGCCUGCGCCGCGGGUGCGCGCGGCGGGCCCCCCCGCGGGUUUCGCGAGGGCGCUCCCCAUCUGCAUGGCGGGCGGCGCGGCUGGCGGGGAGGCCCUGGAGCUGAGGUGCGAGGCCCGCGCCGACGAGUGGCACUUCGACGAGGGUGCGCACCAGGCGCGGGUCGAGGCCGCGGUGCAGGAGUCCGCAGCCCACCGGGCCCGGGAGGCCGCGGCUGUCGAGAGGCUGCAGCGGACGGAGAGGGAGGCCGACGAGCGCGUCGCGGAGGUGCUCGCGGUGGCGGCCGCGGAGGAGCAGAGGAUCGCGAAGGUCGUCGCGGACCUGCGCGAGCAGGCCCAGGACGAGGCCGAGCGCGGCGAGGACCUCGUGGAGGACUGCGACCGGGAGGUCCAGAACAUCGAGCGGCAGAUCGAGGCCGAGCGGGCCCGCAGGCUUGGCGUGGAGGCGGCCCUGAGGGACGAGCGGGGGCAGCUCGAGAAGGCCUCCCUCCGCGAGGCGGAGGUGCAGGAGUCGGCGCGCGAGGCCGCUCGCGAGGUGGCGGAGCGCCGGAGGCGCCUGCAGGCUGAGAGCCAGGCGCGCAUCGCCGCAGCGCAGCGCGCCAGCGAGGCGCGCGUGCGCGAGGCGGAGGGCGCUGCGCGGCGGCAGGUGGAGGCCCUCGAGCUGGAGGUGCAGCAGGCCUGGCUGCAGCAGCGCAGCGCGUCGGGCGCAGAGGUGGCGCAGCGGCGGGACGCGCUCGGCGCCGUCGACCGGCAGGUCGCGGCGCGCGUGGACGCCCAAGUGCGGCAGGCCCUGAACGCGACGCUGAGGGAGGCGGAGGACGUCCACUUGGACGCAGUGCGGCAGGUCAGGGAGAUACGCGGGCGCGACGUGGCGUUCGAGGAGUCGCGGACGCGGAAUCACGGGCUGGCUCAGGAGGCGUUCGCGGGCUCGCAGGAGCAGAUGCAGCAGGCCGCACUGGCCGAGAAGCUCGACAGGGGGCGGGCGCUGGCGGCCGCGGAAGUGCUCGGGCCAGUGUACCACAGGUCGCUACGGGACCCAGACGUUGAAGUGGCAGACGCAGCUCUCGGCAUGAGUUCCGACGACUGCGAUGAUCAUGAUGAUGAUGACGAUGGCGAUCGUGGCAGUGAUCUAGAGGGGGGUGGCGAAC